CGUCCCCAUGUAUGAGGGGAAGAAGACGAAAAACAUGUUCCUGACCCGGGCCCUGGAGAAGAUCCUGGCUGACAAGGAGGUGAAGAAGGCGCAUCACUCCCAGCUACGCAAAGCCUGCGAAGUGGCCCUAGAUGAAAUUAAAGCAGAAACUGGAAAACAAAGUCCUCCUCAUGGAGAAGCAAAGCCGGGUUCAAGCACUCUUCCGCCAGUGAAAUCAAAGACGAGCUUUAUUGAAGCGGACAAGUACUUCUUACCUUUUGAAUUGGCCUGCCAGUCCAAGUGUCCCAGGAUUGUUAGUACAUCACUAGACUGUUUACAGAAACUUAUAGCCUAUGGACAUUUGACUGGCAGUGCUCCAGAUAGUACAACCCCUGGCAAAAAAUUAAUCGAUAGAAUUAUUGAAACAAUAUGUGGCUGCUUUCAAGGUCCCCAGACCGAUGAAGGGGUUCAGCUACAAAUUAUAAAGGCUCUGCUCACAGCAGUAACAUCUCAACACAUAGAGAUCCAUGAAGGAACUGUGUUGCAAGCUGUAAGAACAUGUUAUAAUAUCUACCUUGCAAGCAAAAAUCUCAUAAAUCAAACCACAGCCAAGGCCACUCUCACACAAAUGCUGAAUGUUAUAUUUGCACGUAUGGAAAACCAAGCACUCCAGGAAGCCAAACAAAUGGAGAAAGAGAGACAUCGGCAGCAGCACCAUCUACUACAGUCACCCUUAAGCCAUCAUGAGCCUGAAUCACCUCAGCUGAGACAUCUUUCAGAGCAGACUGUUGAUCAGCUGUCCCAGGAUCAUGAAGGGGACUUGGACCCUCACACAAAUGAUGUGGACAAGAGGCUUCAAGAAGACACUGAAGCCGAAAAUGGGUCCGAUAUUUCCAGUGCAGAAAAUGAACAGACGGAAGCAGACCAAGCGACAGCAGCAGAAACCCUUUCUAAAGCAGAUGCAGGGCCCUAUGAUGGAGAUAGCAACCAGUGUGAAGAAACUGCACAGGAUGUUGUACAAAGUAUAGUCCAAGAUAUGGUGAACAUAGUAGUUGGAGAUGUGGGUGAAAGAAUUGCUGAUAAAGGUAUAGCUGAUGGGCCAGUUGGGACUUCAGAAGAUGGUAGUGACAGUGAGAACAUCCAGGCAAAUGGAAUUCCAGGAACACCCAUUUCUGUUGUUUAUACACCAUCUUUACCUGAUGACAGAUUAUCCGUCUCUUCCAAUGACACUCAGGAAUCUGGAAAUUCUUCAGGACCUACCCCUGGUGCUAAAUUUUCCCACAUUUUACAAAAGGAUGCCUUCCUAGUAUUCAGGUCACUAUGUAAACUCUCCAUGAAGCCUCUGUCAGAUGGACCACCUGAUCCAAAGUCUCAUGAGUUGCGGUCAAAGAUCCUUUCAUUGCAGUUGCUGCUAUCCAUUCUGCAGAACGCAGGUCCUGUUUUUAGGACAAAUGAAAUGUUUAUUAAUGCCAUUAAGCAGUACCUUUGUGUUGCAUUGUCUAAAAAUGGAGUCUCAUCUGUUCCAGAAGUAUUUGAACUUUCGCUUUCUAUAUUCCUGACUCUACUUUCAAAUUUUAAAACACAUCUGAAAAUGCAGAUUGAGGUUUUCUUCAAAGAAAUUUUUCUGUAUAUCUUGGAAACCUCUACUAGUUCUUUUGAUCACAAAUGGAUGGUUAUACAAACACUGACAAGGAUAUGCGCAGAUGCCCAGAGUGUGGUGGACAUCUAUGUAAACUAUGAUUGUGACUUAAAUGCUGCAAAUAUAUUUGAGAGACUAGUUAAUGAUCUAUCCAAGAUUGCUCAAGGAAGGGGCAGCCAAGAACUUGGUAUGACCAACAUUCAGGAGCUGAGUUUGAGAAAGAAGGGAUUGGAAUGCCUAGUAUCUAUAUUGAAGUGCAUGGUGGAAUGGAGUAAGGAUCAGUAUGUAAACCCCAACUCUCAGACAACCCUGGGACAAGAAAAACCUGCAGAACAAGACAGCAGUGAAACCAAACACCCUGACACAAUUAACAGAUAUGGAAGCUUGAAUUCCCUCGACUCCACAGCCUCUUCAGGAAUUGGAAGCUACAGUACACAAAUGUCUGGUACUGACAACCCAGAGCAGUUUGAGGUCCUAAAGCAACAAAAAGAAAUAAUAGAACAAGGAAUAGAUUUAUUUAAUAAGAAGCCAAAGAGAGGAAUCCAAUACCUGCAAGAGCAAGGGAUGCUUGGUACUACCCCGGAAGAUAUUGCCCAGUUCUUGCAUCAAGAAGAAAGAUUAGACUCGACUCAAGCUGGGGAGUUCCUGGGAGACAAUGAUAAAUUUAACAAAGAAGUUAUGUAUGCUUAUGUGGAUCAACACGACUUUUCAGCCAAGGAUUUUGUUUCAGCCUUGCGCAUGUUUUUGGAAGGGUUCCGUCUUCCAGGGGAGGCUCAGAAAAUUGAUCGAUUAAUGGAGAAGUUUGCUGCUAGAUAUUUAGAGUGCAACCAAGGGCAAACUCUCUUUGCUAGUGCAGACACAGCAUACGUCUUGGCUUAUUCAAUUAUCAUGUUGACAACAGACCUCCACAGCCCACAGGUAAAGAAUAAAAUGACAAAGGAACAGUAUAUUAAGAUGAACAGAGGCAUCAAUGAUAGUAAGGAUCUCCCUGAAGAAUACCUAUCCGCCAUCUAUAAUGAAAUAGCUGGGAAAAAGAUCUCAAUGAAGGAAACAAAAGAGUUAACGAUACCCACAAAGACAAGUAAACAAAGUGUAGCAAGUGAAAAGCAGAGACGACUUCUUUAUAAUUUAGAAAUGGAACAGAUGGCUAAAACAGCUAAAGCAUUGAUGGAAGCUGUGAGCCACGUUCAAGCUCCUUUCACCAGUGCAACACAUUUAGAGCAUGUGAGACCCAUGUUCAAGUUGGCGUGGACACCAUUCUUGGCUGCGUUCAGUGUGGGUUUACAGGACUGUGAUGACACAGAAGUUGCCUCUCUUUGCCUGGAAGGCAUACGAUGUGCAAUCAGGAUAGCAUGCAUUUUUAACAUCCAGCUUGAACGAGAUGCUUAUGUCCAAGCACUAGCAAGAUUUACUUUGCUUACUGUGAGCUCUGGCAUAACGGAAAUGAAACAGAAGAACAUUGACACGAUAAAAACACUCAUUACCGUGGCUCACACUGAUGGAAAUUACUUAGGAAAUUCCUGGCAUGAGAUUUUGAAAUGCAUCAGUCAGCUUGAACUGGCACAGUUAAUAGGUACUGGAGUAAAGCCACGUUAUAUCUCUGGGACCAUGAGAGGCCGUGAAGGUUCCUUUGCAGGAACAAAGGAUCAGGGAACAGAUGAAUUUGCAAGUUUGGGGCUAGUUGGAGGAAAUGUUGAUUGGAAGCAAAUAGCAAGUAUUCAAGAAUCCAUUGGAGAAACUAGUUCUCAGAGUGUUGUGGUUGCUGUAGACAGAAUAUUUACAGGAUCUACAAGGCUAGAUGGAAACGCUAUCGUGGAUUUUGUUCGGUGGCUUUGCGCUGUGUCGAUGGAUGAACUGCUGUCUGCGACUCAUCCUCGGAUGUUUAGCUUGCAGAAGAUAGUAGAGAUUUCUUAUUAUAACAUGGGGCGGAUAAGGCUACAAUGGUCUAGAAUCUGGGAAGUUAUUGGAGAUCAUUUUAAUAAGGUUGGCUGCAAUCCCAAUGAAGAUGUAGCUAUUUUCGCUGUAGACUCCUUAAGGCAGUUAUCAAUGAAGUUCUUAGAAAAGGGGGAACUGGCAAAUUUUCGCUUCCAGAAGGACUUCCUAAGGCCAUUUGAACACAUUAUGAAGAGAAACAGGUCUCCAACGAUUCGAGAUAUGGUUGUACGUUGCAUAGCCCAGAUGGUAAAUUCCCAGGCAGCAAAUAUCCGGUCUGGUUGGAAGAAUAUCUUCUCAGUGUUUCAUUUGGCUGCUUCAGACCAGGAUGAAAGUAUAGUGGAGCUUGCAUUUCAAACUACAGGCCACAUUGUCACACUCGUGUUUGAGAAACACUUCCUAGCAACCAUAGAUUCCUUCCAGGAUGCGGUAAAAUGCUUAUCUGAGUUUGCAUGCAAUGCAGCUUUUCCAGACACAAGCAUGGAAGCAAUCCGUCUCAUUCGCCAUUGUGCAAAAUAUGUAUCAGAAAGGCCUCAGGCUUUCAAGGAAUACACAAGUGAUGAUAUGAACGUAGCUCCUGAAGACAGAGUGUGGGUGAGAGGCUGGUUUCCAAUUCUCUUUGAGUUGUCCUGUAUCAUCAAUAGAUGCAAAUUAGAUGUAAGAACCAGAGGCUUAACAGUAAUGUUUGAAAUAAUGAAAACUUAUGGUCAUACUUAUGAAAAGCAUUGGUGGCAGGAUUUGUUUCGGAUUGUCUUCCGGAUAUUUGAUAACAUGAAAUUGCCUGAACAGCAGACGGAGAAAGCUGAGUGGAUGACAACAACUUGCAACCAUGCACUUUAUGCAAUAUGUGAUGUUUUCACACAGUAUUUGGAAGUACUUAGUGAUGUCCUUUUGGAUGAUAUAUUUGCUCAGCUGUACUGGUGUGUUCAGCAAGACAAUGAACAGCUAGCACGGUCUGGUACAAAUUGUUUAGAGAAUGUGGUCAUUCUAAAUGGUGAAAAGUUUACCCUUGAGAUCUGGGAUAAAACUUGCAACUGUAUGCUGGAUAUCUUCAAAACUACAAUCCCCCAUGCGCUUUUAACAUGGCGACCAGCAGGGGGAGAUACAGCUCCACCAUCUCCUGGCAGAGAGAAGCAUUUGGAUACAGUAUCACAGAAAUCUGUAGAUAUCCAUGACUCUGUACAACCAAGACCUUCAGAUAGAAGCCAGUUUCAGCCCAUUGUAGGGCCAACAGCAAGUGAGGAGGUCAGCAAAAACAAACCUGCAGCAAAAUUUCCAGACCAGAAACUGUUUGGUGCUCUGUUGAUCAAGUGUGUUGUGCAAUUGGAACUCAUUCAGACCAUCGACAACAUUGUAUUCUUCCCAGCAACCAGUAAAAAGGAAGAUGCAGAGAAUCUAGCUGCAGCACAGAGGGAUGCAGUAGACUUUAAUGUUCACGUGGAUACACAAGAUCAAGGAAUGUAUUGCUUUUUAACAUCACAGCAGUUGUUCAAGCUGUUGGAUUGCUUGCUGGAAUCUCACAAAUUUGCUAAAGCUUUCAAUUCAAACAAUGAGCAAAGAACUGCUCUGUGGAAAGCAGGUUUUAAAGGAAAAUCUAAGCCCAAUCUACUGAAACAGGAGACGAGUAGUCUUGCCUGUGGGUUGCGCAUUCUUUUCCGUAUGUACAUGGAUGAAAGCCGUAGAGAUGCGUGGGAGGAAGUGCAGCGGCGGCUGUUGAAUGUUUGCAGCGAAGCUCUCGGUUACUUCCUCACUUUAACAUCAGAAAGUCACCGGGAAGCUUGGACUAGCCUGUUACUUUUAUUCCUGACCAAGGUCCUAAAGAUAAGUGAUGAUCGGUUCAAAGCUCAUGCAUCAUUCUAUUAUCCUCUCUUGUGUGAAAUAAUGCAGUUUGAUCUGAUUCCUGAGCUUCGAGCUAUCUUGCGGAGGUUCUUUCUGCGAAUUGGGGUAGUUUUUCAAAUAUCCCAGCCAUCCGAUCAAGAGGUGGGAACAGCCAAGCAGUAAAAGUGUGGCUAAUAAAGCAAAGGACCAAGUAAACUUGCACUGGAUGUCCAAAAGGAGUUUCUUUGCCUGGCAGUGUGCAUCUACGGGUUCACAGUACAGAAACAGAACUGUAAUUUAGGCUUGUGACUCUCUAGUUCUUCAAUGGAUUCUCUCCCCCCUUCCCUGAUCUGGCUUGUGUUGAGCAUAGAGCCAGUUUUAACACAGUCUUAUUGCCAUCCUGGCCUGUGAUACCCCUUUUACUUUCCUAGGCAGUGAUAUAUAUAU